AUGAGACUGCUGGGUCUCCUCCUGUGCCUGGUAACGACCCCCCAGGGUGUCCUGUCCCAGGUGCAGCUACAGGAAUCGGGCCCAGGACUGGUGAAGCCCUCACAGACCCUCUCCCUCACCUGCACAGUGUCUGGAUUCUCUUUAACAAGCUAUGCUGUGGGCUGGGCCCGCCAGGCUCCAGGGAAGAGGCUGGAGUGGGUUGGUAUUAUAUGGGAAGGUGGAAGCACAAACUACAACCCAGCGCUGAAAUCCCGACUCAGCAUCACCAGGGACACUUCCAAGAGCCGGGUCUAUUUGACACUGAACAGCCUGAGAGCAGAUGACACGGCGGUGUAUUACUGUGCUAGAGCCACAAUGAGGGGAAGUCAUUGUGAGCCUAGACAGAAACAUCCUAAAGGAGAUAGAGGGGCUGGGUUUCAGGAAGUGCUCAGGACACCAGGGUGCACUCAGGGCCAACAGAGAAGAGACUCAACUCCAGGGGAAGGUGUCCAGUGUGAGGUGCAACUGGUGCAGUCUGGAGAAGGCUCUGUGCAGCAUGAGAUGUCUCUGAGACUCUCCUGUGCAGCCUCAGGAUUCACCUUUAGUAGUUACAGAAUGAACUGGGUUCGGCAGGCUCCUGGGAAGGGGCUGGAAUGGGUGGCACUUAUACGGAAUGAUGGAAGUCAGAAAUCCUAUGAAGACUCUGUGAAAGGUCGAUUCACCAUCUCCAGAGACAAUUCCAAGACCAUGUUGUACCUGCAAAUGAACAGCCUGAGAGUUUAG